GGCGUUUCUGGUGGUGCUGAUGGUUUUUACUCACAAGACAGUGUUCUUGGUUAGCGCUAUCAUGACGGCGGCGGGGAUUCUCUGGUUCGGUUUGAUGAAGAUUUGUAAGAGGAAGAAGAUUUUCAAGUUCGAUCCUCAGCCGGAAGCCAUGGAAGCAUCUUGAGAACAGAGGACGUGUUUCUUAUCUGUCGCUUAGUUUCAAUUCAUGUGUUUUCUUUUUCUUUUUUUCUUUUUUCCUUUUUGGUUUAAACUGUGGCUAAUUAUGGGUUAGAUUUGUAGAUAUUUUAGUUGGAAAUUAAGCGAAGGAAUA